GAAAAAAAAAAAAAAGAGGAGCUGAGGCUAUUGACUACAUCAAAGGUUAUCCAUUUGAAAACACCAUUUUCCUCUGAACAGCGGCUAAUUGCUUCCUGAACAAUCUCAGGGUCUUUUGUGUAUACUCAGUGGGUAAAAUGAGUGACUCGAUGUCUCUCUCUCAAGACACUGGUGACCAAAGGAGGUGGAAAGGUGGAGAAGCCAAGGAAAACCAGCGGGGCAGAAGCCUCUUGGAGAAUGAACGGAUAAUUUAUUGAACUGCUGCAAGGGGGGAAGGUUUCUGCUCCUGCCCGGUCACCACGGUGCGGUUUGCUGGUGUCGGUGGAUGCCGGUGCUGGCAGUGGCGUGGUGGCACGGGGCUGUAAGGAAGGCUGGGAUGACCAGACUGGCCGUGCCCACGAUGCCCUGAAUGCCAAGAGCAGCGGAAGCAGCGGAGACUGUGUCCUGUUAACUCCUCCUCCCUCAUCCCCUUAGGUUGGGUUUGUUUCUAUUUAUUUUGUGGCUGGGUUUGGGCAUGGCCUUGGCUGGAUGCAAGGCUGCUACAAUGUGGCUUCUUUGGCUCAAGCACCACUUACCUGCCAAUGUUUGGACCUUGCUGCUCUUGGGGAGCACCUGGCUACCGCUGGCGGAAGGCAGUCCCAAGUCUCCCUUUAGGACUUUCCCGGUUACAGACUGGAGCUUGACACACUUGGUGGUCCACAACAAAACUGGGGAGGUUUACGUGGGGGCUGUCAAUCGGAUCUACAAGCUCUCCAAUAACCUCACACUCUUGAGGACCCACGUGACAGGGCCUGUGGAGGACAAUGAGAAGUGUUACCCUCCGCCCAGUGUUCAGUCCUGCCCUCACGGGCUGGUCACCACUAACAACGUGAACAAACUGCUGCUGGUGGACUACUCGGGGAACCGGCUGAUCGCCUGUGGCAGUGCCUCCCAGGGUAUCUGCCAGUUCCUGCGGCUGGAUGACCUCUUCAAAUUGGGUGAGCCCCACCACCGCAAGGAGCACUACCUCUCCAGUGUCAAUGAGUCAGGCACCAUGUCUGGGGUCAUCAUCGAGGUGCUGAACGGGCAGAACAAACUCUUCAUUGGGACGCCCAUUGAUGGGAAGUCAGAGUACUUCCCCACUCUGUCCAGCCGCAAGCUGAUGGCCAAUGAGGAGAAUGCGGAGAUGUUUGGCUUUGUCUACCAGGAUGAGUUUGUUUCAUCCCAGCUCAAGAUCCCCUCGGAUACACUCUCCAAGUUCCCCACCUUUGACAUCUACUACAUCUACAGCUUCAGCAGCGAGCAGUUUGUUUAUUACCUGACCCUGCAGCUGGACACCCAGCUCACCUCACCCGACUCCACUGGGGAGCAGUUUUUCACCUCCAAGAUUGUCCGCCUCUGCGUGGAUGACCCCAAGUUCUACUCCUACGUGGAGUUCCCCAUCGGCUGUGUACAGGACGGCAUUGAGUACCGCCUGAUCCAGGACGCCUACCUGACCAAACCUGGCAAGGCUUUGGCCGAGCAUCUGGGCAUCUCAGAGCAGGAGGAUAUCCUCUUCACCAUCUUCUCCCAGGGCCAGAAAAACAGGGUUAAGCCUCCCAAGGAGUCUGUGCUCUGUCUCUUCACGUUGAAGAAGAUCAAGGAUAAGAUCAAGGAGCGUAUCCAGUCAUGCUACAGAGGGGAAGGGAAGCUCUCGCUGCCCUGGCUCUUGAAUAAGGAGUUGGGCUGCAUCAACUCGCCACUGCAGAUCGAUGACAAUUUCUGUGGCCAGGAUUUUAACCAGCCGCUGGGUGGGACCGUCACCAUCGAGGGGACCCCGCUUUUUGUGGAUAAGGAGGAUGGGAUGACCUCAGUGGCUGCCUACGACUACAGAGGACAAACCGUUGUCUUUGCCGGCACGCGGAGCGGGAAGAUCAAAAAGAUCCUGGUGGACUUGACAGCUGAGAGGAAGCACCAAGCGCUGCAGUACGAGAAUGUCGUGGCCCACGAGGGCAGCUCCAUCUUGCGAGACCUUGUGCUGAGCCCUGACCGCCAGCACAUCUAUGCCAUGACUGAGAAACAGGUGACGCGGGUGCCGGUGGAGAGCUGUGAGCAGUACGAGAGCUGUGAGCUGUGCCUGGGCUCCCGGGACCCCCACUGUGGCUGGUGUGUCCUCCACAAUAUAUGCUCACGCAAGGACAGGUGCGAGCGGGCGGAUGAGCCCCAGCGCUUCGCCUCCGACCUGCAGCAGUGUGUCCAGCUCACUGUCCAGCCAAAGAACAUCUCGGUCACCAUGUCCGAGGUCCCGCUGGUUCUGCAGGCCUGGAAUGUCCCAGAUCUCUCGGCAGGAGUCAACUGCUCCUUUGAAGACUUUACUGAGUCUGAAAGCCGCAUCGAAGAUGGAAAGAUCUACUGCAGCUCUCCCUCUGCCAAGGAUGUCAUCCCCAUCACCAGGGGCCGUGGGGACAAGCGAGUGGUGAAGCUCUACCUGAAAUCUAAGGAGACAGGGAAGAAGUUUGCCUCUGUGGAUUUUGUUUUCUACAACUGCAGUGUCCAUCAGUCCUGCCUGUCCUGUGUGAACGGCUCCUUCCCCUGCCACUGGUGCAAGUACCGCCACAUCUGCACCCACAACGCUGCCGACUGCUCCUUCCUGGAGGGACGUGUCAAGCUCUCUGAGGACUGCCCCCAGAUCCUGCCCUCCACACAGAUCUACAUCCCCGUGGGUGUGGUGAAACCCAUCACCCUGACAGCCAAGAACCUGCCCCAGCCACAGUCCGGCCAGCGCAACUACGAGUGCAUCUUCCACAUCCCUGGCAGCACCACCCGUGUCACUGCCCUGCGCUUCAACAGCACCAGCAUCCAGUGCCAGAACACCUCGUAUUUUUAUGAAGGGAAUGACAUCAGUGACCUGCCAGUCAACUUGUCUGUGGUCUGGAAUGGGAACUUCGUCAUCGACAACCCCCAGAACAUCCAGGCCCACCUGUACAAGUGCUCGGCGCUGCGGGAGAGCUGCGGACUGUGCCUCAAGGCCGACCCGCGCUUCGAGUGCGGCUGGUGCGUGCUGGAGAAGCGGUGCUCGCUGCGGCAGCACUGCCUGGCCCACGAGACCAGCUGGAUGCAUGCCAGCAGUGGCAACAGCCGCUGCACCGAGCCCAAGAUCACCAAGCUGUCCCCCGAGACUGGCCCUAGGCAAGGAGGGACCCGUCUGACCAUCACUGGUGAAAACCUGGGCCUGAAGUUUGAAGAUGUUCGCUGGGGUGUUCGAGUCGGCAAAGUGAUGUGCAUCCCCAUCGAGAGCGAGUACAUCAGUGCUGAGCAGAUCGUGUGUGAAAUCAGUGAUGCCAGCAAGGUCCAUGAGGCACGGGUAGAAGUGUGCAUCCGUGACUGCUCACCCAACUACCGGGCCAUGUCCCCCAAGAGCUUCACCUUUGUGACGCCCACUUUCUCCCGUGUGGUCCCAGCCCGGGGCCCACUCUCUGGUGGCACCUGGAUCGCCAUCGAAGGCAGCCACCUCAACGCGGGCAGCAACGUCUCCGUCACCAUCGGGGGACGGCCCUGUGCUUUUUCAUGGAGAAGCGCCCGCGAGAUCCGGUGCAGGACCCCCCCCGGGCACACCCCCGGCGGCUCCCCCAUCCUCAUCAACAUCAACCGGGCAGAGCUGAGCAACCCAGAGGUGAAGUACAACUACACGGAGGACCCCACCAUCCAGAAGAUCGAUCCCGAGUGGAGCAUCAAUAGUGGUGGGACGCUGUUGACUGUGACUGGCACCAACCUGGCCACCAUCAAAGAGCCCAGGAUCCGGGCCAAGUACUGCAGCUCUGAAAGGGAGAAUAACUGCACUGUCUACAAUGACACCACCAUGGUCUGCUACGCACCCUCCAUCGACAACCCCGAACGGAGCCCUCCGGAGGUCGGCGACCGCCCCGAUGAGAUUGGCUUCAUCAUGGAUAAUGUCCAGGCCCUGCUGAUCAUCAACACCACCAACUUUGUUUACUACCCGGACCCUGUCUUUGAGCCACUCAGCCCCACAGGAAUGCUGGAGUUGAAGCCCAGUUCACCCCUCAUCCUCAAGGGCAGGAACCUGCUGCCACCAGCUGCUGGUAACUCCCGCCUGAACUACACGGUGCUGAUUGGAGACACUCCCUGCACCCUCACCGUCUCUGAGACCCAGCUCCUCUGUGAGUCCCCCAACCUCACUGGCCAGCACAAAGUCACGAUCAAGGCUGGAGGGUUUGAGUUCUCCCCGGGGACGCUGCAGAUCUACUCAGACAGCCUGCUCACCCUGCCCGCCAUCAUCGGGAUCGGUGGUGGGGGUGGUCUGCUCCUCCUCAUCAUCAUCAUUGUCCUCAUCGCCUACAAGCGCAAGUCCCGGGAUGCUGACCGGACCCUGAAACGCCUCCAGCUGCAGAUGGACAACCUGGAGUCCCGAGUGGCUCUGGAGUGCAAAGAGGCCUUUGCUGAGCUGCAGACUGACAUUAAUGAGCUGACCAAUGACCUGGAUGGGGCUGGCAUCCCCUUUCUGGAUUACCGCACCUACGCCAUGCGGGUUCUCUUCCCAGGAAUAGAAGACCACCCUGUGCUGAAGGAGAUGGAGGUCCAGGCGAAUGUGGAGAAGUCUCUGACCCUCUUUGGGCAGCUCCUGAACAAGAAGCACUUCUUGCUGACCUUCAUCCGCACUCUGGAGGCUCAGCGGAGCUUCUCCAUGCGGGACCGUGGCAACGUGGCCUCCCUCAUCAUGACGGCGCUGCAGGGGGAGAUGGAGUAUGCCACGGGUGUGCUGAAGCAGCUCCUCUCUGACCUCAUCGAGAAGAACCUGGAGAGUAAGAACCACCCCAAACUGCUCUUGCGGAGAACAGAGUCAGUGGCAGAGAAGAUGCUGACGAAUUGGUUCACGUUUCUGCUGUACAAGUUUCUGAAGGAGUGUGCAGGGGAACCACUCUUCAUGCUCUACUGUGCCAUCAAGCAGCAGAUGGAGAAGGGACCCAUUGAUGCCAUCACAGGAGAGGCUCGCUACUCCCUCAGUGAAGACAAGCUUAUCCGGCAGCAGAUUGACUACAAAAUGCUGACCCUCAACUGUGUCAACCCUGAGAACGAGAAUGCCCCAGAGAUCCCUGUCAAGGUGCUGAACUGCGACACCAUCACACAGGUGAAAGAGAAGCUGUUGGAUGCUGUCUACAAGGGGGUGCCUUAUUCCCAACGACCUAAAGCUGGAGACAUGGACCUGGAGUGGCGGCAGGGCAGGAUGGCCCGGAUCAUACUGCAAGAUGAAGAUGUCACCACAAAGAUUGACAAUGACUGGAAGAGGCUAAACACCCUGGCCCAUUACCAGGUGACGGAUGGCUCCUCAGUAGCCCUGGUGCCCAAGCAGAACUCUGCAUACAACAUCUCCAACUCCUCUACCUUCACCAAGUCCCUCAGUAGAUACGAGAGCAUGCUGAGGACAGCCAGCAGCCCCGACAGCCUGCGCUCUCGGACCCCCAUGAUCACCCCUGACCUGGAGAGUGGCACCAAGCUCUGGCACCUGGUGAAGAACCAUGACCACAUGGACCAGAGGGAGGGCGACCGGGGCAGCAAGAUGGUCUCUGAAAUCUACCUGACCCGUCUGUUAGCCACCAAGGGCACCCUGCAGAAGUUUGUGGAUGACCUGUUUGAGACCAUCUUCAGCACAGCACAUCGUGGGAGCGCGCUGCCCCUCGCCAUCAAGUACAUGUUUGAUUUCCUGGAUGAACAAGCUGAUAAGCAUCAGAUCAAUGAUUACGAUGUCAGGCACACCUGGAAGAGUAACUGUCUACCUCUACGUUUUUGGGUGAAUGUGAUAAAGAACCCCCAGUUUGUGUUCGACAUUCACAAGAACAGUAUUACUGAUGCCUGCCUAUCCGUGGUGGCUCAGACAUUCAUGGACUCCUGCUCAACUUCUGAGCACAAGCUGGGAAAAGACUCUCCCUCCAACAAACUACUGUAUGCCAAGGACAUCCCCAACUACAAGAGCUGGGUAGAAAGAUAUUAUGCAGAUAUUGCUAAAAUGCCAGCGAUCAGUGACCAGGACAUGAGUGCGUACCUGGCGGAGCAGUCGCGGUUACACCUCAGCCAGUUCAAUAGUAUGAGCGCGCUGCACGAGAUCUACUCCUACAUCACCAAGUACAAGGAUGAGAUUUUAGCUGCUUUGGAGAAGGAUGAGCAGGCCCGGAGGCAGCGGCUGAGGAGUAAGCUGGAGCAGGUGAUCGACACAAUGGCCUUAAGCAGCUGAGAGGGCAGUGCCAGCACCCCGGGCAGGGGCACAGGAGGGAGGGCCGGCCAGCGGCAGCCACGGGCAGAAGACGACUUUGGGGCUGGGGCUGGAUGGACCCGUGGGAUCCCCCGCGUGCUGCCCAUGGACUAACAAGGAAACCUCGCGCUUUAGCGAAAACAACCACAUAAAAUAAAUCCACAAAUCCCAACGACAGCAGCAACAUCGAUAACUAUCCUCCCCCCCACCCCUCGACACUCACAGAACCCCCUGAUCCCACCAGGAUGCAGCAGGGACCUUGCAGAGAGGGGAGGUGGAGUAGAAGGGGUUCUCCUGCCCCAUGGACCCGCUGGGCACCCCUUGCCUGGGCAGAGCCCCUGAGCCCACGAGGAAGGAGGGACGGGACCGCGGGGCUUUCUAGGACGGCGUUUGGAUGUUGUUGUUUCUUUGGUGGAGGGAGGGUGGGUGGGCUCCUGUUUUUACUGUACUUGACUUGCUCUCCCCAACUGGCCUCCCCCUCUCCUCCUCCUCCUCCUACUCUCUCUUUUUCUGUCUCUCCCCACUUCUCUCUCUCUCUCUGGCCUUCUGCCACUAGUGUUAACUGCUAUAUUUGCACAAUUUACGUGAGGCAAACAAAAUUUUUAAUUUAAAGGGGGAAAAAAAAUUAUAACAAAAAAUGGGAGGGGAAAGAAAAAUUUCUAAAUUUUUGCAACAAACUGGCAAAAAGUGGUUUUAAAGAAUAAGCUAAAGGACUGAUGCUGGGGAGAUUUAGGGAUGGGGGCAGUAGGGGUGGGCAGGAAAGGGAGAAAUCCCUAAGCUUUGAUAUUUCUUAAAAUACGUCCUGUGCCAUGUUUUAUUUGAAUGUUGUUUAGUGCGGAAAAAAAAAAUAGGAAAAAAAAGAUGAGAGUUCUUAUUUAAAUGCUGCUGGAGUGGUUCUGGAGGUCACGAUUGGAGAGGAAGAGAUAUCCUGAGGUUGUUUUUUCUUUUCCCAAGGGAUCACUGAGGGAUGAUCAGUGUUUUGUUGAGCUCGUCCUUGUUUUCCUGAUCCGGUGGCUGCAGGGAGAUUUGGGCAGUGCUGCCUGCCCCUGCCUCUCCUGGGCUGAUGCUGAGCAGUGGUGGUUGCAGAGGCUUGGGGGCUGUUGGGAGAGUUCGUGGAGAGCCAAUCUGGGUUUUUUUGGCAGAUUCCCUGGUGUUGGAGCAACCAUAGCAAAGUUUUCGUAUUUUUUUCCCCCCCCAUCAUCUUUUUGUGCUGAUGCGGGGGAAGGGACCAGGUUCUCAGGAGAAAGAGGAAGCAGCUCCUCCUGACCAGGAUUUCCCCUGGCAAAACCCUUUGGGGUGACCAGCCCAUGGAGCCAAACGUGUGCAGGUCUUUCUGCCUAAGGCUGACCUUUCUUCUCUGUUCUCCUCCUUUCUCCCCCUUUCUUUCCUUGCUGUCACCCCAUUUCUCCUCCACCCUUCUGGGGGUCUCGCUGGAAACCCGAGGUCUCUCCCUUGGCAGCCCCCUUCGAAAUGUCAGAUCCUUGUGGGUUUGUGCUUUCCAGAAAUGAAAAGGUGCCGAAUGCUGCCCUGAAUGGCAACAGGUGACCAAAAACUUGCAAAAAAAAUGAGCAACACCCUUUCCUUUUCUGUAGCAAGAGCUCCCGUUGCUGCCUGGGCCACGGCAGACGGGGCCAGACUCUGCCAGGAGCAGGUGGCUGUUGAAAUCCAAGUGGAAAAAAGCCCAGCUGAUUUCUAGCCGUUCCCUUAAAUUGCAAGUUAAGGGGGGAGAGGGAGAAAUAAUGAAGUUUUUAAUUAAAAAAAAAAUAAUAAUAAAAGUGUGUAUAUAUAUAUAUGUGGUUACAAUCUAAUUCUCGUGCCCCAGUGGGGUGCUGUAUAGUUAACUGAAGGAGAAUCGAACCAAUAUAAAUAUGAAAUGAAUUUACACAGCCAGUUAAAACAAAACAAACAACAAUUCCAAAAAAAAAAAAAGUAUACCAAAUGGUCUGGAAGAAAUUUCCAAGCUUUUCUCACCAUGCAGAACCAUCGUUUGAAGCCUGCACAUCUCUCAUUAUGUUGUAAUUUUGUUUGGUUUGGUUUUGUUUUAAUAAGGAGGGAAAGGAGAAGACGCUGAUUGAAAAAAAAAAACACACAACAAACAGCAAACAACCACCAACAAAAAAAAACCCCAACCACAACAGCAAAACUAUGUUUGAAAAAGAAAUAAUUAUUAUUUCACAAACCUACGAACCCCGAGCUGUCGCUGGAUUUCUGAAAGCUGUGGGCUGUUGCAUGACUGUGCUAGAUUUUAGUCUGAGUUGAUCUUUUUAAGAAACAGAAGAAAAAGAAAAACCAUAAAACAAAAAAAAACUGCAAGUGUUGAAUAUUAGAGGUUUGUUUAGACCUGUUAUCUAUUAUUUUUAUUUGAAAUUAAUUUGUCACUUUCUCGUCCAAAAGAAAAAAAAAAAAAGAAAAAAAAAAAAAAGAAGACACAAACAAAGCAAAAAGAAAGACUUCAGAGGUUCACAUAUCAAAUGUGGUACUUGGAGAGCCUUAAAGGACAGCUGUGUGCCCACCUUCCCCGUGCUGGGGCCACCACCAGCUGCUGUCAUCUCCCUGGGCACUGCAGUGGGACAGAAUCCUCCUGGGGGGUCCCUUGAGGGGUCCUUUGCAGAACUCCCUGCCUCUGUAGUGGGGCGGAGAGGUGCCCGUGGCUCCUUUGGUGCAAGAUUGGCCCAAAGCUUCUUCCUCGUGCUGCUGCUGGUGGGGUGACAUUGGCAGAGGUGCCUGGAGGAUGAUGGCCAUGCGUUGGUGGUUGUUAUGAUCCAGUGGAAGGAGAGAGGUGGCUUUGAAGUCUCUAUCCGAAAGUGGUGUGGGUCCUACCUGUUGCAGUGGUAAGAGUGUUUUGGGGAACUGUUGUUGAGGGAGCCAAGCGUGUAGAUUUUGUGGCAAUUGAGAAGAGGUGAUGGGACCUUCCCUAUUGCUGAUUGGAGAGGAUGAAGAUCUGGUUUUUAAGUGCAUCCUCCUGAAGCUUUCCUCGUUGGCAAACGAGGGCUGGAAGCACUGUUAAGAGCAGAGGGUUUAUUAGCCUUUUGCUUUCCUGGUAGCAAUACAGUGGUUGCUCCCUUGGCCAUGCUGGAGGGACAGGCAAGUGUCUUGGUUGUGGUGGGCUUGGGUUGGAUCUGGGCAGCAGAGUUCUACAGGGGGGUCAUGCCAGGCAGGCUGGCAUUGCCAUGGUGUGGCUGUACUCUGCUUCCUCUUGCUGAGUCCAUGACUAUGCUGAGAGCCUGUGGUAUGGUCCUGGUGAUGGGUUCUUGUUGGCUUCCUCUUGAGGAGAUUUGGGGUGUCUGUGGCUUGGUCCACAAAGGAUCCCUCCAGCCCCACCCCUCUGGGGUCCCCAAAUUGCCUCUAACAGGGAGGGUGGUGGUCAGGGAGGGCAUUGCAAUGCUACCCACAGUCUCCGGUGCUUCUUGGUGCUACCUUUGCCUUUUGUGUGAUGCCCAGCGUCCUUAACCAUGCCAGGCAGCUCAUCCUCCCUCACCCCAGCCUGGUGGGGGACAGAGCUGGAAUGGCAGUCUUGGUCUGACCCUGCCUGGGAGAGAGGAAAUGUGGGGAGAGGCUGGGAAGCAUUCACAGGACUUCUCUUACCGGCAGUAUCGCCUGUGCCCCAAAAUGGGGUGAGAUGGAGAAGUAUCCCCUGCCCUGGGGCUGCAUUUCAGGGAGCUCCUGCUCUGCUCCCUGCCCUCUGAGGCAGCCAGACCCCAAAACUGCUCCCUGACUGCUGCAGAAAGCGGGUCCCUCCCUGCCAUCCCCCACCCCUCCCCUCAGCUCACAUUGCAUUUUCUCUUCAGUUUGGGAUUCAAAAAAACAUGCAGCCCAGCCUGGAAGUGCCCCCCGUGCCUGGCCCUGGUGUCUCACUCUGGAUGGAGCCCUGUGCCACCCCUGGGGCUCAGCCUCGGGAUGGUGAGCAGGGGGACAACGAGGAGCAGGGUCCCUCUCUGGCUCACUGAGUCCCAACCAAAGCGCACAAUGAGCUGUCCUUUAAGAAAGCAGGGGAGGAACCUAACGCAGACCUGGCGAAAGGCAGAGGAUUUUCAUAGUUUUUAAAAAAAUUAAAUGGGGAAAAAUAUAAAAAUCCUGGUUACCUUUCUGUGAUUGUUUCAGACUUGAAGCAACAGGCCAGCGUGGCUGGUCGAACGCCCUUUGAUCAUGUAAAUAUCCUGCUAUUUCCUAUUUUAAUGUUCUUCAGAUUUAGUACUUGUAAAUAAACACACGCAUCAAGGAGAGAUUAAACAUUUUUUCUAAA